UUUUUAUAUGCAUACACACCACUUUAUUAGAUAGUGUAAUGGAUUUUAAAUAAAAAAUAAUGACGGGAGAGGCAACCAUAGUGGUUGGAGAUGAUCAAAGAACAGACACUUAUGCAGAUAUUUAUGAAAAAGCUAAAGGACUUUCAAGAAACUUCAUUGGUGAAAAUAUUUCUAUUUUGAGAGUCAAAAUCCUUAAAGGCACUAAUCUUGCUAAAAAAGACAUUUUUGGGUUGAGUGAUCCAUAUUGUGUUAUAAAGUUGUUUGAUCGUCGUCGUGCCAACCUGGUGACUAAGUUGCAAACUAAUGUUCAAAAAAAGACAUUAAAUCCCCAAUGGAAUUGUAGUUUCUAUUUGAGAGUAAAUACUUUGAAUCACAAGUUAUUGUUGGAGCUGUUUGAUGAGAAUCGCAUUACACGUGACGAUUUCCUGGGUGAAGUUGAAAUUCCUUUAAACAAUUUACCUAAUGAAGGCAAUGAGCAAGAUAUUGAAAGAGUUGCUACAAAAGAUUAUAUAUUGCAACAGAGGAGUGCAAAAUCACAUGUUCGUGGAAACAUAAGGGUGUAUAUUGCUGUUGUAAAGAAACCAGAAAAUCAAGACACAGCUGAUGGUGUUGGUAUUUUGCGUGUUGUCAAUGACCUCAGUCGCCUUGGUGCAUCAUCUGUUGAUAUUUUAAAUGAGUCUAGUUGUGAGGUUGUGCCACAUGGAAUAAAUGAUGAAAGUUUUAUAGAAUCUGACUAUGAACUUAACACCACCCUAGAGUCUGCUCCUCUUCCUCCUGGUUGGGAAGAAAGACAGGAUGCAAAUGGAAGAACUUUUUAUGUUGACCAUGCCAAUCGAACAACUACAUGGAAUAGACCAGGAGAUAGUUCACAUCCAGUUAGUUCUGCUUCUGUGUACACUAAUCAAGGCAAUCGUUUUAAUGUUAGAAAACAUAUCAGCCUAGAAGAAACUCUUCCUGAGGCAAGUUGCAGCAGUAAUACAGAUUUACCCCCAGGUUGGGAAGAACGAAAGAAUAUACAGGGAAGAAAUUUAUAUAUUGAUCAUAACACUAGAAAAACAACUUGGACUAAACCAAAUCCAAAUGUUACUUUAAAUGAUCAAAAUGAGCAAUCUCAAGGUGCAGAAAAUUCCGAAAGACUUCACCCUGAUGUACCAAGUCAAGCAGAAAGUCCAUUACCACCCGGUUGGGCAAUGCAGUUAGCUCCGAAUAAUAGAGUCUUUUUUAUAAAUCAUAACCAACGAAUAACGUCUUGGUCAGACCCUCGUACAAAUAUUGAAAAUAACAUCAAUAAGGAUCAAGAACCUUUACCGGCUGGGUGGGAAGAAAGAGUUCACAUUGAUGGAAGAGUUUUUUUUAUCGACCAUGAAACACAAUCAACUCAAUGGGAAGAUCCACGACUUCAGACAAAAGAUAAGAGAAAGAUUGAAAAUUUACCUUAUUCUCGAGACUACAAAAGAAAAUAUGAUUUUUUCAGAUCAAGGUUAAAAAAACCGGAAAAUGUGCCCAGCAAAUAUGAAAUACAUGUGCGACGUAAUAACUUAUUUCAAGAUUCUUAUCGAUUUGUUUUGCAUUCAUGUACUAAUGUAGAGUUGCUUAAAACUAAAUUAUGGAUUGUUUUUGAUGGAGAGACUGGACUUGACUAUGGCGGAGUUGCUAGAGAAUGGUUUUACUUAUUAUCUAAAGAAAUGUUUAAUCCUUAUUAUGGUCUUUUUGAAUAUUCAGCAACAGACAACUACACUUUACAAAUCAAUUCUAAUUCUGGAAUUGCAAAUGAACAGCAUCUUUCUUAUUUUACCUUCAUUGGACGUGUUGCUGGAAUGGCAGUUUAUCAUGGCAAACUUUUAGAUGCUUUCUUUAUUCGACCUUUUUAUAAAAUGAUGUUGGGUAAAAAAAUUACUUUGAAAGACAUGGAGAGUGUUGAUUCCGAAUAUCAUGAGAGUUUGAAUUGGCUACUAUCACAUGAUCCUACUGAGCUGGAUGUUAUGUUUGUAUUAGAUUAUGAGUCAUUUGGCACAAUAGUAUCAAAAGAGCUAAUAACGAACGGUGCCAACAUUCCUGUUACCAAUGAAAACAAAAAACAAUACAUUGAUUUGGUCAUCAAAUGGAGAUUUAUGGAUCGUGUCUCUGAACAAAUGAAUGCAUUUAUGAAGGGUUUUGAAGAUAUAAUUCCACGUACAGCCAUUCAAGUUUUUGAUGAAAGAGAGUUGGAAUACUUACUUUGCGGUUUGGGGGAAAUCGAUAUGGAAGAUUGGAGAAAAAACACACAAUAUAGAAGUGGAUAUCAUGACAAACAUGUUGUCAUACAAUGGUUUUGGAAAGCCGUUCAAACUUUUGACGACGAAAUGAAAGCUAGACUGUUACAGUUUGUUACUGGUACGUCACGAGUUCCAAUGAAUGGCUUUGCUGAAUUAUAUGGAAGUAAUGGCCCUCAAAAGUUUACCAUUGAGCGAUGGGGAAACACUCACCAACUACCUAGGUCACACACGUGCUUUAAUCGAAUUGAUCUUCCGCCAUAUCAUAGUUACCAUGAGCUUCGUGAAAAACUACGUCUAGCUAUUGAAAACACAGAGGGAUUUGAGGGCGUUGAUUAAAACUGAAUCUGAAGGCGUUGAUAAGAUAUUAGUCUGCUCUUUAUCUUUUUUUAAUUUUAUAGCAUCUUUUUUUUUUAGUAUUUUCUUUUUUUUUAAUAAUCUUUAUUUAAAUUGAUUUUAUUUAUGUCUUUUACUAUUUAUUUUUAAAUUAUAAUUUGUAUUAGGUUUUUUUAAAAAAAAAAGUUCUGAAAUUGUUACUGAGAGUAUAUUAUGUUUUGAUACUAUAUUUUAGGUUCUUAAUGAACUUCUUCUGUAACUAUAUAGAUAACUCUAAUGAUGCAGAAAAGAAUCUGUAUCAUUAGGUGUAAAAAAAAGGGAAAAAUGAUUAAUAAAGCUGUAUUAAAAAAGUU